GAUCCAGCCUGAUGACCCGAACCAGCCUGAUGACCCGAUCCAGCCUGAUGACCCGGUGUUCAUGAUCCAGCCUGAUGACCCGAUCUAGCUGGUGACUCGGUCCGGCCGUGUUUGCCUCGGUGCCCGUGGUCCGGGCCUGGUGCCUCGGUGCCUGUGGUCCGGCCUGGUGUCUCAGUGCCGCUUUUCUGCCAGAUGACUCGGUGCCCGCUGUUCUGCCAGAUGACUCGGUGCCCGCUGUUCUGCCAGAUGACUUGGUGCCCGCUGUCGAGCUUGGUGACUCGGUGCCCGCUGUCGUGCCAGAUGACUCGGUACCCGCUGUCGUGCCAGAUGACUCGGUGCCCGCUGUCGUGCCAGAUGACUCGGUGCCCGCUGUCGAGCUUGAUGACUCGGGUACCCGCUGUCGUGCCAGAUGACUCGGUGCCUGCUGUCAUGCCAGAUGACUCGGUGCCCGCUGUCGAGCUUGGUGACUCGGUGCCCGCUGUCGAGCUUGUGACUCGGUGCCCGCUGUCGAGUUGGUGACCCAGUGCCCGCAGUUCUGCCAAUACUCGGUGCCCGCUGUCGUGCCAGAUGACUCGGUGCCCGCUGUCCGUGCCUAGAUGACUUGGUGCCCGCUGUCGAGCUUGGUGACCCAGUGCCGUUUCUGCCAGAUGACUUGGUGCCCGCUGUCGUGCCAGAUGACUCAGUGCCCGCUGUCGUGCCAGAUGACUCGGUGCCCGCUGUCGUGCCAGAUGACUCGGUGCCCGCUUUCGAGCUUGGUGACCCAGU